UCAGGACUGAGACUUGUUGGAGGGAGCUGGAACGGAGAGGGAAGAGUUGAAAUUUUUUACAACGGCAACUGGGGAACUGUGUGUGAUGACAGCUGGGAUUUAGACGAUGCAAGAGUCAUAUGUCGUGAACUUGGAUACUCCGGUGCUGUUAGUGCUCAUAGUUCUGCACACUUUGGUUCCGGAAGCGGUCAAAUUUGGUUGGAUGAUGUCAACUGUUUGGGAAGUGAAACUUCCAUUGUAAAUUGCCCGCAUGGUGGUUGGGGCUCACAUAACUGCGGUCACCAUGAAGAUGCAUCUGUCGUUUGUUCAAGUAAGUAG